AUGGCUGCACCGGAGGAUGCUGGGGCUGAAACAUGUGUGGUUUGGAACAUCAGUAGGUAUCCGGUUCCCCGUGGCUUUGAUGGUAGUCUGGUCCUUCCGUUUAUCAAACGGUAUUUGGACAAGUAUGGCUACUUUGGUUCUCUCAGCAUCACUGCCGUUGGCGUACUAACUGACGUCCCUGAUAGUGUCCUUAGAGGAGUCUAUAACAGUGGGAUUGAUCUUAUUCAUGUCGCCCCAGGUCACCCGCUAGAAAUGGUUACUCACAUCUAUCCAUUCACCGAGCUGAACCGGCCUCCAGCUAAUUUGAUUGCUGGAAUUGCUUACUGGGAUUGCUUAGUAUGCGGCCGUGAUCCUCCUGCCAAAGGCUAUGAGAAUUUCACCUCGCAUCUCUCUAGUGAAGAACAUCAAGAGCUGACGUUGGAGAGGAGUUUGCCUAGGGUGGUGCUUCCUGCUGNUGAUUCUCGUGCACGUCCUUUCAGGCGACCCNUGCAACCAAGUGGGCCUCCUAAGAUAGACCAUGAGGCUGUAACAUCUGUGUUUUGGGACAUCAACAAGUGUCCGGUUCUCCCUGGCCAUGAUGCUCGUCUGGUUAUUAAACGGUUUUUGGAGACUUCAGGCUACUCUGGUCCUCUCACCAUCACUGCUGUUGGCAUACUAACUGACAUCCCUAAUGACAUCCUGAGAGGAGUCUAUUCCAGUGGAAUCGCUCUUAGUAACGUCGACAGUGGUGCCAGUGACAUUCCUGAUCUUAUCCAUGAGUUUACUGUUAGUGAACCACCUCCAGCUAAUAUAAUGGUCAUAUCCGAUCCGGGCUCUUAUCUUUCUCGCUUCAAACCAUCGGGAUACAACUGUAUCUUUCAACCUUCUCUUGAAAGCUUACUUGUGGCGGAUUUAGGAGUACUUGAGGAUGAUAAGUGCGGUGAGAUGCGUGAUUGUAUCUGCUGGGUUUGCUCAGAGAGCUCUAGUCUUGCUUUCCAAAGCUUCGAAGAUUUCACCACGCAUCUCGCUAGUAGGCGACAUCAACGGAAGGUAAUCAAGUGA